CCGAUUUCUCGUUAGCUCGAAUGGAAAUGUCCGUCUCUGUCUGAUUUUUUUUUAUUUGUUGUCUGAGAGAAUGAGGUGCUGCUCAUCAGGAAGUAUCCAGCGGGCGAAACUUUUAAACGUAUUUAAGAUUUCGGCCCCCGGCCACGUCUUGCUGGGCUCUGUGCGACAAAGAACAGGCCAACGCAGACGCGAACUUCAGCGGAUUUACAAUGAGAAUUUAUUCAAGGGCCAGUAUGUACCCGGUUAGAUUAACCACGGAAGAUGGACGGAGACAGCUCGACCACCGACGCCUCCCAGCUGGGCAUCACUGGAGAGUACAUGACCCCUAGCCACUACGUUCUCCAGUCUCAAGAUGACGAUGGAGAAGAGAGUAUGAACGAUCAUGACGACGGUGGCAUUAAGGAGAACUACAGGGAGCAGGACAUCUAUCUUCCUAUCGCCAACGUGGCUCGCAUCAUGAAGAAUGCCGUUCCUCAGACUGGAAAGAUUGCGAAAGACGCCAAAGAGUGCGUGCAGGAGUGCGUGAGCGAGUUCAUCAGCUUCAUCACAUCUGAGGCAAGUGAGCGCUGCCACCAGGAGAAGAGGAAGACCAUCAACGGGGAGGACAUCCUCUUCGCCAUGUCCACGCUGGGCUUCGACAUGUACGUGGAUCCGCUGAAGCUUUACCUGCAGAAGUUCAGAGAGGCAAUGAAGGGGGAGAAGGGGAUUCCUGGAGUGUCAGUGGGGGAAGGUCUGGGUGAGGACCUUUCAGACGAGAGCUUUGUAAAUCCACUGCCAACUGGGAUUAUCACAGCAGAUGGCCAGCAGCAGAACGUCAUGGUGUACACCACCUCAUAUCAACAGAUUCCCACUGUACAGCAAAUCCAGUUUUCUUGACAAGGCCUUACUCUGAGCCCGAACACAGCGGCUCCCUGUGGGGCCCACGCUCGCCAGAUGACCUCUGACCCCGUCACAGGGUAAAGGUUGUCAGACGGACGGGGGAGGGAAACCCUCAUGUACAGAAAAAUCACUACCUGUUCAGUAGAAAGUGUAGUUUCUAGUUGUGAGGUACCAAAUGCUUCCAAAGCAGUUGGGAAAUUUGAGGCUUUAUUUUAAAGGCUAGUCUUCUUACAUGAUUUAGUGGUGGAAUUCUGUUUGUGUUAAUGUGUUUGCUUUUGUGCUUUUAUGUUUUGUUUGUUUUGUUUUUGUUUUUUUCUUCCAGGGCAGGGGUUGGGAUGGAGGGGGAAUAAUGGAAACUUUUGAAUUGCAUUUGAAUUUUUAUUUUUGACAAACCAUUCUCUGGUUUAAUCAAGAAGAACCACAUCCUCAUUAUUACAUCAGAUCAUGCAACUCUUUUGUAAGUUCACACAGUUACCAUGUGCUUUAAUGUUAUGGAAAUCCUUUGAAUAAAAAUUCAAAAGUGA